GGACCAUUCUGCGCAGGCGCCGCGAAGGGCUGUUUACCUGAGGUCACGCUUCCAAGACACACCGCCUCCUAAAAGGAGUGACGUCAGGUGAGAGGUCCCGGCACGCGUCUUGACGUCUCCAAAUCCCCGCGCUCCAGCCUCUUCAGGCCCCGACCGUCCGACUCCAGGGGCGGGGCUUCUCGGCGGCGGACCGGCCGCGAGCAGCUGUGCCCUUUGGUGCGCCGCCUCUUCGCUCGCUAUGCCUCUGCCGCGGGGUGACGUAACCGCCUUGUUCCUGGGACCUCCGGGCUCGGGAAAGUCUGCGCUGAUUGCAGCGCUGUGCAACAAGGGUGUGGAGGUAGUAGAGAUCCCCGAUGGACGGCCCGACCCCGGGAUCCCCAGCCUGCGAACUGCGGGCCCAGGCCUCUUCCUGGGCGAGCUGAGUUGCCCACCCGCAGCACCGGGGCCCUGGGCAGCGGAGGCUAACAUGUUGGUACUGGUGCUGCCCGGCCCUGAGGGGAACGAGGAGCCCUUGGCCCCAGCACUGGGGGAGGCAGCACGGGCCGCAAUGGCCCGAGGGACCCCGCUGCUGGCUGUGCGGAACCUCCGUCCUGGGGAUUCACAGAAUGAAGCCCAGGCCCGGGAUCAGACAGCAGCCCUGCUGGACAGCGCAGGGUUGGGAGCCGUGCCUCUCUACGUGCUGCCGGCGGAUUGCCGCAGCAGCGACAGCUGCGAGGAACUGGGGCGCCUGCAGGCGGCGCUGCGGAGCCAGGCGGAGGCGCUGCAGAGGCUCCUGCCACCGGCUCAGGAUGGCUUCGAGGUGCUGGGAGCAGCUGAGCUGGAGGCUGUGCGUGAGGCCUUCGAGAGGGGCGGCCUGGAGGCAGCGCUGUCCUGGGUUCGUGCUGGCCUAGAGCGACUGGGCAGCGCUCGGCUGGACCUGGCCAUAGCCGGCACUGCUGACGUGGGUUUUGUGCUGGACAUGCUGCUGGGGUUGGAUACCCACGACCCAGGCCCUGAGCCUGCUUCCGCGCCUGCUGGGCCCACACCCUACCCUGCCCCAGAGCGCCCCAAUGUGGUGCUCUGGACCGUCCCUAUGGGCUCCUCGGCUCCUGCUGCCGCCCCCCACCCAAUCCGCUACGACGCCCUCAUCCUUGUCACCUCUGGAGCCCCCACUGAGGAGGACUGGGCCCAGGUCCGGCCCUUGGUGCUACCGGAUGCCCCCCUGGUCUGUGUGCGAACAGACGGUGAGGGCGAGGAUCCAGAGGCUCUGGAAAAAGAGGAAAAGGCCGAGAAGCCUGGCGGGGAGAGCUUAGAGAACGCAUGUGGAGCAGGGUUGGAGAAUGCACGCAGCGAGGGAAGGGAGAAACGUGGCACUGGAUCGCAAAAAGCAGGCGAUGGGGAAGGUUCAGAGAAAGCAGGCAGUGAGAGUUUGCAGCAGGUUGGCAUCGAUGCAAAGCAGCCGGGCACUGGGGACUCGGAGCGUGCGGCUGCCUGGAGCCCCGAGGAUGAGACGUGGGAGGUGCUGGAGGAGGCGCUGCCGCCGGUGUUUCCCUUGCGGAGGGGCGGACUCCCCGGGCUCUGCGAGUGGCUGCGGCGCGCGCUUCCCCCAGCCCAGGCAGGCGCGCUGUUGCUGGCGCUGCCGCCCACGUCCCCGCGUGAGGCCCGAACCAAGCCCGCAGCUCUGGCCCGGCGCGAGCGCACGCUGGGCUUGGCUCCCGGGGAGCUGGCUGAGCGGACGCGCUUCCCUGGCCCGGUGACACGCGCGGAAGUGGAGGCGAGGCUGGGGGCAUGGGCCGGUGAGGGCACUGCCGGGGGCGCAGCGCUGGGUGCACUCUCCUUCCUGUGGCCCGCAGGCGGUGCAGCGGCCACGGGUGGCCUGGGCUACCGCGCGGCCCACGGGGUCCUGCUGCAGGCGCUGGACGAGAUGCUGGCGGAUGCGGAGGCAGUGCUGGCACCCCAGGCGCCUGCUCAGUGAGAGGUGGGAUGAAGGCCAGGGCUACCCGGGGGCCCAGCGUCCUGGCUACUUGGCUCUGCCAGGGGCUGAGGACGCCAAGUCUGGUUUAGAAGAGGGGUUUGGGGGUCCAGACUCUGGCAUGGGAUGUCUGGGCCCCUGAGAUAACAGAGCAGGCAUGCUGCCACUCUGAAUCCUGGGUGCUUGAGGGGGAUGAGCUAACUGCUGGUUAGAAUAUGUGACUUCUUGUCACCUGGAUUUCUGGGUCUUAAAGGGGAAUAGAAUCUGGGGGUUAGGACUCCUGAUUUCUCUGGGGAUCAUGGGGCAGGACUCCCAGACUUGUGUCCUGAAGGGAAUUGAGGGGUUGGACUUCUGGAAGGGGGCAUUAUCUUAGUCUCCAAGGGAGUAGUUACUGUAUGUAUUGGAUAUCUAGUCCUCUAGGGGUAGGUGGACAGGAGCCCUGAUUCCUUCCUGAUGAGGGACUUCUCCAUCAUACUGGGGAUUGCAGGAUAGAGGAAGGGGUCUGGGUACUCCAGGGAGCUGGAACUCUUGGACUUCUGAGCCACAAAGGAAUAUAGGGUCUAGCUUUUCUAAGGGGAUUAGGUCUGCGCACAGCCUCUCAGAUCCUCAAGAUGCAGUGGACUUUGAACCUUCAUGGGGGGAAGGGCAGUCUCCAGGGUCUUAGACUCCUGGCUCCCAGGAGGGCUGUGGACCUUGGUUUCUAAUUCCUGGAUGAUGGGAGGUCUGCAGCUAGAGGAGAGAAUGGGGCUGUGUGGCAGAGCUAGAAACCCUUCUAUUGGGGAGUAGAGAAAUGUUCAGUAUUUGCUCCUGGGGGAGGGGGACCCCAACUUUGUGGGGAGGAUGGCCACACAAAAAUGAGAGGAGGAGGCAAGAGGGCCAUGGCAGGCUCGGGGGGUAGCCAGACACCAGGAAUGAGGCCUCCUGGGUAUGGAAGGGCAGGAACCCAUACCUCAGAGGUAUCUCCUGCAAAUCCCUAAUGGAUUUGGGUCCUGGAAACUGCCCCUCUCUGUGACUUUGACAGGGAAGGGAUAAGACUGGCCCCAUUUCAUAGGUGCCGAGUGAUUUGGAAGCUCUCUGAGGAGUCUGUUCCUCUGCCCCGCUCUUCGUUAGUGGUUUCUACUUUUGGAUUUGGUUUCUGCUGCCAUUAAGCCUGAACCCUUUCUGGCCUUGGUAUUUUCAUACACCUUCCUUUUUGGAGAAGCAGCUGUACUGCUGCACUAACCCACAUGUUUCUGAGUUGGCUCCCUUGGUGUACACAGUGCCGCAGUGAGCAAGGGAUCUGAAGGAUAGCUGGGCAGGUGUUCCAGCCUGUGGGGAUGUGCCACAAGUGAGGCAGAGGCAGAAACUGUAAUGCCUGGAAUGUCUUAGGCUGCCGCCUACAUGUAGAGAGGAGCCACAGGACACAGAAUUCUUCAGUGUCAAAAACAGCAAAGGGGACCUGAGAGGCCAUCCAGUAGAAUCUUUUAUGGUGGUUGGGGAUAGCAAAGCUCAGAGAGGGCAGACUCUAGGCCCAGCAGAACACAGAGGCCCUCUGUGGUCUGGCCUUUGCCUAGUCUCAUUCUCUGCCCCACCCCAUCCCCCAACCAGCUUGCUAGAUCUUUCUUCUGAUGCUGGAGUGGGCCACCUGGGGUCCUGCCUCAGGACCUUGGCACUUGCUGUUCAUUCUGCCUAGAAUGCUGUGCUCCCCAGAUUUCCAUGAGUGGCUUCUUCUGUCAGUCAGGCCUCAAUUCAAGUAACCCUUCACAGAGGUCUUCCCUGACUGCUCUAACUGAAGUAGCUCAUACCCCAAAAUAUUCAUCUUAGCUGGUUACUUUUCUUUGUAGCAAUUAUUACUGUAGAAAAUUAUUUAUUUAUUUACCUAUUUAUCAGCUAUUAUCCCCUUGUCUGUCUUGUUCUCUGCUGUACCCCCAGCACCCAGAAUAGUGCUUGACACGCAGUAGGUGCUUAGCAAAUAUUUAUUACUUUAAUUUACUAGUCAGUGGCAGAAUUAGGGCUGGGAUGUAGAUUGUCGGUCUCUUACCACAAGACAGGGAAAAGGACUGAGAUGAGGGGAGAAACAACCAUCUAAUGGGAGAGAAAGUGCCUGUCUGAGAGGUCAGGGGACCUGGAAAGCAAGCACAGUUUUGCCACUGUCACCCUGGGUGACUUGGACCAGUGCCUUAUUUUCUCAUCUGUUAAAUGAAAGUGCUGGAUGACAACCGUAACUAGUUCCAAGAUGCCAUUUCCUUUGACAGCUGAAGAGAAGGCUAACGGAUCUGAGCGGCAGAUACUUGAGGGCUGGCUGCCCCAUCUCAAGCUUGAACUCCCACCACUGGCACAAGUUUUCCCAUCCAAGCUGAGAGAGCGAAGAUGGGAAAAAGCAUUUGGCUCUGUAUAGAAUGGCUCCAGGCAUUGUCAAAGCUCUCAGCCUUAGGGGAAUGCAAUUCUGUUAGCAGAGUCCUAGGGUCAGACAGUCCUGCUGACUUUGGGGGUGACCUCAGGCAAGUCACUCAGCAAGUGGUAUCCACCUCACAGGGUUAUUGUGAGAAUUCAGUGUAUAUAUAGGUACACACAUUCUCUCUCACAAGUCAACAUACUACAGUCCCUGCCGAGAAGCCUGGCACACUGGGAGCUCAAAAGAGUCUGGUUGCCCUUGCCCAGACGGCCUCAGCCCUGGGCAACACCAAGACUAGUCUGGGCACCUUUGCUCACACAGUGCCCCCUUUUCUGUCACUUUGAUACCAUCUCUGAUUUGGUCCUGACAUCUCUGUUCCUCUGCUCCAAAUUCCCUCUGCCCUUAGGACAACAGGGAUCAUGCCAGAGAUCACAUCUGAGAAAGCAAAAGCCAGUUAUAUCUGCGUGUGUCUGCCACUGGGGAGUGCUGGUUGUGUUACUGUAUAUAAUUGUAUAUUGAUAUUCUUUGGAGUGGUUGUCUUUUAAAUCAUGACUUUUGAUGGCAUUGACUUUUAGACUUUGUGGAGGUAUAAGGUUGCUAGUGAGGUAUCUGUCUCUGGGAGCAUCCAAGCAGAAAAACUGAGCCUCCCUUGUGGACAGACCACUGGUUGCCAUUGGGGCACGUCUAUGUGGCACCUCCAGGCUGGAAGACCCUGAAAGGCAAGAAUUCAAGGAAAUGUAUGAUGAAUCUUGAUGUUACCAUCUGCCAGAAACUGAACAGACACAAAGAACUUGAGCAAUGAGAUGAUCUCAUCAGCUUAGCUGAGUUUCCCACACUUCUUCAUAAUGAUGGAGGGACCUAUGUACACUGGGGUGGAGAACUGUGAAAGGAAUCACGGGUGUGGCUGGCCUGUGGUGCUUUUUGGAGGAGUGAAUAAAGAUGAGUAGAAAUGCCA